AUAGAUAUCUGGCGAACCCCCCUGCCAAGAGCGGCCUGCCGGAGACGAUCUCUGUCGAAAGGUGGAGCACAAAACUCCUGCCUGACUCCGGGCCAGCUGCCCCAGUGGCACGCAGAGUGGGGCCGACGUUCGCACAACGACAAAAGCCAAAACUUCGAAAGCUUCGGAGCCCACCACCCAUCCCUCCCCUACCUUCAUCAUGAGAGUGGGCUGCCUGCAGUUUGCUCCAAGGCUCAAGGAUGUCGAAUGGAACAGAAGGCGUUGCUCACAGCUCAUAGAGGCAGAGGCGGUUGAACGUGGAUCACUGAGUCUACUGAUCCUGCCCGAAAUGUGUUUCACUGGCUACACUUUCAAAGACAAAGAAGACAUAAUGCCACUGGCUGAAGACGAACAGGGAGAAACGAUAAAAUGGGCCGUCCACUGGGCCAAACGCCUGCGAACUUUCAUCCAACUGGGAUACCCACGGAAGCAUACUGCGCGGGACGGUUCGAUAACGCUCUAUAACUCCGUUUCUCUCGUCUCCCGGAGCGGGGAAGUGAUCUACACCUACGAUAAACAUUUUCUAUAUGAGCUCGAUGAGCGCUGGGCUGCAGAAGGGACUGGAUUUCUAUCAAUUGACGUCCCACCUUUUGGCAAGGUCGGACCGGGCAUAUGCAUGGACGUGAACCCCUAUCGAUUCGAAGCGCCCUUCGAGGCGUUUGAGUUUGCCACCUUCCACAAAGCUCAAGGGACGGAGAUGGUGAUCUGCUCUAAUGCUUGGCUGAUGUCCGAAGGUGUUGACGAACGCUCGCAAGACGUAUGCCUUCCUACCAUCAGAUACUGGGCUACGCGAAUGUCGCCGCUCAUAGAUUGCGAAAAAGCGCUUGUCUUCGUAGUGGCCAAUCGCACGGGGGCUGAGGGAGGUGAGCACCUUUGUCAUGCUUAGCGGGCAAUCACGCCUUGCUUACCCGGCGGCGUGCGUUUGUAGCCUCGACAUUCUGUGGCACCA